GCUCUGGGCCGCACCGGGCACAUUUUGAGGCGAGCCAAGGAGGCGAUGGGUGCUGCCUGCUGCGCUCCUGCCCUGCUGGGGGCCCUGCUGCUGCUCUGGGGGCUGUGCUGGGCCUCUGGCCCAGAGCUGCUCCACCCCCAGCCCACGGUGUACGAGGGGCCCCCUGGCAGCUACUUCGGCUUCUCCCUGGAUUUCUACGUGACCAAGGACAGGACAAGCGUGGCGGUGGGGGCUCCCCGCGCCAACACCUCGCAGCCUGGAGUGGUCGAGCCUGGUGCCGUCUUCCUCUGCUCCUGGCCGCCUGAAGACCCCCCGUGCGACCCCGUCCCCUUUGACACUGCGGGUGCGUGCAUGCUGCGGGACGAUGCUGGGUGCUGCCACCACCGCGGGGCCCAUCCUGGCAUGCCCGUUCUUCCAGGGGAUGAGACGGAGACCAGUAGCUCCAUGAAGCUCCAUGUCUACAAGUCCAACCAGUGGCUGGGGGCCUCCGUGACCAGCUGGCAUGGCACACUGGUGGCCUGCGCCCCGCUGCAGCACUGGAAUGCCAUCCAGGAGGACCUCGAGGCUUUCCGCACCCCAGUGGGUGCCUGCUUCAUGGGAGCCGCAGGGCUGCGCCGCUUCGUCUGGUACUCGCCCUGCCGCAGCACCCAAAUGGCCUCCGUCUACAAGGAGAACAAAUACAUCCUUGACCAGCGCUACUGCGAGUUGGGCUUCAGCGCGGCUGUCACCUCGGAUGGCAUGCUGGCGCUGGGUGCCCCCGGCGGGUACUACUUCAAGGGGCUCCUCUAUUUGGGCAAAUUGGAUUCCAUCCUCGCCCGCUUCCAUGGCAAGUCCCUGGUUUGGAUAGAGGGCCCCAGGCGCCCCACGGUAGAGCAGACAUCCGUGGACUACGAGGACGGGUACCGGGGGUACUCGGUGGCCGUGGGCGAGUUCGACGACAAUCCCAAAACCAAAGAGUACGUGGUGGGGGUCCCCAACAAAAGCAACACGACAGGCGAGGUGGAGAUUUUCAGUGAGGGGAUGAGCCUGCGCCGGAUGCAGGGCAUCGCCAGCGAGCAGGUGGCUUCAUACUUCGGGCACACGGUGGCUGUGGCCGACAUCAACGGGGACGGGCAGGACGACAUUCUGGUGGGCGCCCCGCUCUACAUGGAGCGGCGUCCCGAGGGCAAGCUCUCCGAGGUUGGCCGCCUCUACCUGUACCUGCAGCGGGGGAAGUGGUCCUUCGCCAAGCCCCCCCAGACCCUGACGGGCAUCCACCCCUAUGGCCGCUUCGCCUCCGCCAUCACCAGCCUGGGGGACCUGGACAAGGACGGCUACGGCGAUGUGGCGGUGGGCGCCCCGUUUGGGGGUGACAGCGGCAGUGGGCAGGUCCUCAUCUUCCGCGGGCAGAGGGAAGGGCUCGAGCCAGUGCCCACCCAGCGCCUCAACAGCCCCUUCCCUGGCCCCGCUGCCUUCGGCUUCGCCCUGCGCGGUGCCACGGACUUGGACGGCAACGGCUACAUGGAUCUGCUGGUCGGGGCUUUUGGGGCCGCCAAGGUGGCCGUGUACCGGGGACAGCCCGUGGUGGUGGCCCAGGCACAGCUGAGCGUCCCCAGUGGGCUGAACCCUGAGAAGAUGGCGUGUGUCCUGCCCGACUCCGACACACACGUCAGCUGCUUCCCCGUGGUGCUGUGUGUCAGUGUGACGGGCCAGAACAUCCCCCAGAGCAUCCGCCUUGAUGCCGAGCUGCAGCUGGACAGGCUGAAGCAGAAGCUGUCCAGGAGGGUGCUCCUGCUGCAGGGCCACCAAGCAUCCUGGCACCGGACACUGGUGCUGGCCAUGGGGACGUCCCCGCUCUGCCACAACCUCACUGCCUACCUGCGGGACAAGGCUGACUUCAAGGACAAGCUGAGCCCCAUCGUCACCAGCCUCAGCCUGGCACUGGCCUCGUCACCGGGUGCCCAGGGGCUGGGGCUGGUGCUGUACGGGGACACCCUGGUGCAAGCGCAGACCCACAUCGUGCUGGAGGACUGUGGGGAGGACAACGUCUGCGUCCCCGACCUCAGCCUCGCUGCCCACACGCCAGGUACCCGCCUGCUGAUCGGGGCUGAGAACGUGGUGUGCCUGCACGCCCGUGCCACCAAUGUGGGUGAAGGUGCCUUCGAGGCCGAGCUGCGGGUGCAGCUCCCAGAGGACACCUACUACCAGAAAGCCCUCAGUAACAUCCAGGGGCAGGAGAAGCUGAGCUGCAUCCCCAGGAAGGAGAACGGGAGCCGCGUGGUGCUCUGCGAGUUGGGCAACCCCAUGAAGGCAGGCGCCCAGAUCACUGUGGACAUGGAGCUGAGCGUGACCGGGCUGGAGGACGUGGGCGAUGCCAUCACCUUCCAGCUCCAGCUCAGGAGCAAGAACAGCCCCACCAGCACGGUGGUGACGGUGGUGGUGCCCGUGGAGGCGCAGGCGGCGAUGGAGCUGCGAGGGAAAUCCCUGCCCACCACCAUGGUGCUGCCCACGAGCUGGCACGGGGUGGAGGGCAGCCGCCGGCUGGAGGACCACGGCAUCCGCGUGGAGCACGUCUACCAGGUAGGGCGCAGCACCCAAGGGUGCCACCUGAGGCCACUUGUCACCCACUGCCACCUCACUGUCCUCCCCCAGCUCCACAAUAAGGGCCCGGCCACCGUCACCAAUGUCACCCUGCGCCUCGACGUCCCCACUGAGAUCGAUGGCCGCAUCCUGUUCUACCUGCUGGAGCUGGGCACCGAGGGUGGCAUCAGCUGCGCCCAGCCGCCCAACCUCAAUCCCAAGCAGCUGGAAAUGCCCCAACCCACAGGCGUGGGACCCCGCAACGGCACCCACCGGCGGGAGCGCAGGGAGGCGGGCGAGCCGGUGGCCACGGCGCUGGAGAAGCCCAUCCCUGUGGACUGCGGCAACGCCACCUGUGUGGAGGUGACGUGCUGGGCGCCCAGCCUGGCCAAGGACCAGCGGGUGCUGGUGAGCGUCCGCGCCCUGCUCUGGAUGGACACCUUGCAGCAGCGGGAACACCUCUUGAAGCAAUUCCUCGUCCAGUCACGGGGCUUCUUCAACACCUCAGCCAUGCCCUACCGUGUCCGGCCCCACGCCCUGCCCACCGGCAAGGCCGAGGCUGCCACCGAGGUGAUGCGCGCCAGCCCCGAUGGCAAGCGGGACGUGCCGGUGUGGUGGGUGGUGCUGGGCGUCCUUGCGGGGCUCCUGCUCCUCACCCUCCUCAUCCUCCUCAUGUGGAAGAUUGGCUUUUUCAAGAGGACCCGGCCACCCAUGGAGGAGGACACGCAGGAGCCGGGACAGGCCCGGGAGAUGGGGGGCACCCAGAGCUAGGGGGGACCCCGGGGUCCCCUGCACCCUCUGCACCCCCACCCCACAGCCCUGGCCCUGCCCCGAUGUCCUCAGCACCCAUGGGUGCCCAUGGUGCUUGUCACCCUCCCGCUGCCCCUGGACAAUAAAUCCUAGCACCCGUGGGGUGACGUGGGGUGCCACAGCGGCGUGGGGCGGGGGGGGGACACGGGACACUCGGUGGGAAUGCACGGGGACAGGGGGCGCCCAGCGGGUGCGGGGGUGCCCAAGGGUGGCGUGGAUGGGUGUC